UUGAACUUUUGGGUCAAAAAGAGCUUCAAAUUUGAUCUUUUUAAUCAAUUCUAGCACUAUCCUAUUGUCUUCUCAUAGGACUGCUCCGCUGAUUUCAACACUAUUGUAAUUGACUCAUGCCACAGCCAAAACCUUGACACAUCACUACAUAACUCAAAAGGGGGCGCUGGCGUGCCAAAGGGUCAACAACAAACUCCAUGAGCAUAUCCUAAUAACGGCCCCUUAUUUGCAACGGCACACGGCCCAAAGAAAACGGGAAGAGGCACGUAGCCGCCCAAAUAGCAAUGUUCAUCAGUGGUUGACCAACUCCUCGACCUCGUCGUCCCAAUCCCAGACUUGGAACUCAAUUGAGGCCACGACUUGCAAGGCCAAACAAGAACUCAUUGGUCAGAUCCUAGCCAAUUACGAAGCAAUCCGUGAAAGAAUCGCUGACACAUCAGAAUCGAGCAUGCCAGAAGAGCUCGAUCCAUUGGCGUAUUUCCACUUCAGAUCUCGAGGUCAAACUCGGGAGUUCAUGACAAUGAUUCAGAAUGAUAUUCGAAUCAUGUUGAAUUGCUUAGACCAUCAGAGGAAGACUCAUUCUGAUAAGCUCAAAAAGAAAGACUUUAGUGUCAUGUACGAGAUUGGAAAUUUGGUCCAAGAUGUUCGUAUGAUUUUGGAUCAACUGAAACGAGUUCUAUGGAACGAAGACAUUCUAAGAGAAUUGCAAUUGCUCUCCCAAAAGCUGAAUUGGAUUUGCUCGGAUUACUUAGCAAUUCAAGAUCAGAUCCAACUGACCGAUUUGAAGGAACUUGUCGACGAGAUGAUGGAGCAAAGUCCCAAGAUAAGCAUCGAGCUGAAGAUGUUCAGUGAUACUUUGAGUAAGAUCGAUGCCUUUGACGGUGAUAACGAGGAUCUACUUCUGCUAGUGGAGCUACACGAUCAUGUGGAUAAUCUUGAGACGUUCCUGGAGCCAUCGUGGUCGUUAAGCGAAUUUCAGGCCAAAAUGAAGCAAGUGGGAGGCAUUCUUCAAGCCAUUCUAGAUCUGCGGAACGAGCUCGCCUCCCAGAUUAUGACUCAAUCCGUCAAACGAAGAUUGGAUCAAUGGCAAUCGAUUUUGCAGAACCUGAUCAAUUUGGCGGUUUCGCACAGAUUCAAGUUGAACAUUGAAUCCAACUCUAUGGCGGGCAUUCGAGAAUAUAUCAAGCGAAUGGCCGAAUCACUCAUGGAUGAUAUCAAUCCAGUUCAUUCUCACACUGCAGAUCAGAUCCACGAAUUGCUUUUCUCGAUGCGUUCUUUGCUCUAAGAAAGUCUGAUGUGAAUAACUUAAGAAGGUGGCCUUUAUCUAUUCAUUUUUCAUGCGCUUAUGAAAAUAUUCCAUGCUCACUUUCUUUCUUACAAAUACCACGAUAUCUUCCACUUAA